GGCAAGAUGCGGUCUCGCUUGGCUCCGGGAGUCUGGUUCCUCCGCGCCUUCUCCAGGGACAGUUGGUUCCGAGGCUCCGUUCUGCUGAUGACCUUCCUCAUUUAUACCUGCUAUCACAUGUCCAGGAAGCCCAUCAGUGUCGUCAAGAACCGUCUGCACCAGAACUGCUCAGAGAUCAUCAUACCCAUCAAUGACACCCAUAGUCUCAAUGACACCACAUGGUGCAGCUGGAGUCCAUUUGACAAGGACAACUACAGUGAGUUACUGGGGGGUGUGGACGAUGCCUUCCUCGUGGCCUAUGCCAUCGGCAUGUUUAUCAGCGGCAUCUUUGGGGAGCGGCUGCCCCUCCGGUAUUACCUUUCGGCUGGAAUGCUGCUCAGUGGCCUUUUCACCUCCCUCUUUGGCCUGGCGUAUUUCUGGAACAUCCACAUGCUCUGGUACUUUGUGCUCAUCCAGAUCUGCAACGGACUCGUCCAGACCACAGGCUGGCCAUCCGUGGUGACCUGCGUCGGCAACUGGUUCGGGAAGGGCAA